UUGGUGAAAUGGGCCGAAAACAAAAAUACAAAAAGUGGUCCAAAGAAGAUUUGAGUAACGCCCUAGCAGCAGUUAAGGAUGGCAUGUCAUUACAUAAGGCUCAAAAAGAAUUCGGCGUUCCAAAACAGACCUUAUCCGGCCGAAUUCGGGGAAAGUAUAGAACGACGAAGGCAGGAAGGAAAACAGAAAUGACACCGGAAGAGGAGACAAUGUUAAUUCAUUAUAUCAAAUACAUGGCUUCUAUUGCACACCCGUCAAGUAUUUCAGCAAUAAAAGCUUUUGCAUGGAACAUCGUCAAACGAAGCAAGCGUACCAGCUCGUUCAACCGUGUCAGUGGUCCUGGUCAUACUUGGUGGGACAGUUUCAAGAAACGUCAUUCGCGAGAAAUUACCCUGCGAAAACCCGACGGCCUCGACAGAGGACGUUCUAGAAUGGCCAAUGUGACUGUCAUAAAACAGCACUUUGAUCUUUUAAGAAAAACAUUGGUCGAUCUUGAUAUCCUUGAUAAGCCAGAUCGAAUCUUCAAUUGCGACGAGUCAGGUAUCUCCAUGGAUGCUCGCGUUGGAAAGGUUGUCGUCUCAAGAUCAACUAAGCACCCCUACUCUGAGAGCAAAGGAAAUAGGGAUAACAUCACUGCCCAUGUCGCUGUAUCAGCUGCUGGAGUGCCGUUGCCUCCAAUGAUAAUUUUUGAAAAGGCUUUCCCAUCCGGUCCUUAUGCUAGAGAUGGUCCUACUAAUGCUCUAUACGCCCAUUCGCCAAACGGCUACAUGGACAUCGAGCUUUUUAAACAGUGGUGUAAAAAGCUGUUUAUUCCUCAGACAAGAUACAUACAAAAACCAAUAUUGUUGAUCUUGGAUGGCCACGGUUCUCAUCCCGAUAUAGAGAUGAUAGAUAUGCUAGUGGAGAACCAAAUCCACUUGUACUGUUUGCCCCCUCACAUAACCAAUAUACUCCAGCCAUUGGAUGUGUCGAUUUUUAAGCCUCUAAAGGUGCAUUUCUCAAAAAUUACAGAUAAUUUGAAGCUUGCAACCAUGGGCCACACUGUUCCACAAACUGUGUGUAAAACAAAUUUCACUGCGAUAUUUAAGGCAGCGUUUGAAGGAUCGAUGGGGAUCACCAUUAUUAAAAAUGGAUUUCGGAAAACAGGGAUCUGUCCAUUCAACCCUGGCGUCAUCGACAAGGAGCGAGUAAUGCCAGACAACAGCAUUGAUUUUAUUUCGUCCGCUCCGAAUGGAAACAAUACUGCAACAUCCACAACACCAGCAGUACCAGGUUCUUCAACAGAAGCAUCUUUUAAUUCGUUGCCCGGUGGCUCUUUUUCUACACCAGUAAUACCUUAA